CUGGCACAGGCUGUGGAGACCAGAAGAGGAGACAGUGGCCGCUGUGAUGAGCCCCGAGUCCCCGAGGUGUAGUGUGCGGUUCCCUGGAGGCAGCCAUUGAUGCCCUGUGCUCCGCUCCUCCUGGCCCUCGUGCCAGCUGUAUGUAAGUGCCCCUGCACCCUGCGAAGUUCUCAUCACCAGGACACUGACAAAGCUCCGUCUGUGUAAAGCAGGGAUUGGCAAGCAAUAUGAAGAAGGUUCAGCCAUUUCUGUGCGGCUGUAGAGAUGCUGGAUACUGAGGAUCAGCCCACGUGAGGAGCGUAUCCUGGUCUACACCGCCAUCUCUAUAGUUGACUGCAUUCUUCAGCCACUUGUGACCGGAUUCUGUAGACACCCAAAUUACACAUUCGUCAAUGGCUCCCCUCCUGGAAUAUGAAAAUCAAAUCUUCCUAGACCUGUUCCAUGAGGAUGGGCUCAUCAUCGCCGCUCGUGGACUCGGCAUUGAUAGAAUCCUGCAGAAUUUCUUGAAGCUUUAUUGUGAUCCUGGGAACUUGGUGCUGGUGCUAAAUACCAAUACUGCAGAGGAGGAAUAUCUGAUUGAACAGAUGAGAUCAGAAGGAGUCACCGACUUGCCACGGAUUGUCACCAAUGAGGUCAGCAGUAACGAGCGCUAUGAUGUAUACACACAAGGCGGAGUACUGUUUGUCACUAGUCGCAUCCUUGUGGUUGAUUUCCUCACUGAUAGGAUUCCAGCCAACUUGAUAACUGGUAUCCUUGUGUAUAAGGCACACAAGAUUAUGGAGUCCUGCCAGGAGGCCUUCAUACUGCGCUUAUAUCGGCAAAAGAACAAGCAGGGCUUCAUAAAAGCCUUCACGGACAAUCCGGUCGCCUUUCACACUGGUUUCUGCCAGGUGGAACGUGUAAUGAGAAAUCUGUUUGUCAGAAAACUUUAUUUAUGGCCAAGGUUUCAUGUGUCUGUGAAUUCAUUUCUGGAGAAACACAAGCCUGAAGUGGUGGAGCUGCACAUCACGAUGACCCCGGCCAUGCUGGCUAUACAAGCAUCCAUAUUGGAUAUAAUGAACGCGUGCCUGAGGGAGCUCAAACGCUACAAUCCUGCUCUGGAAGUGGAAGAUCUGUCCCUAGAGAAUGCCAUUGGCAGGGCCUUUGAAAAGACUAUACGCCAUUACUUGGACCCCUUGUGGCAUCAGCUUGGAGCCAAAACGAAAUCUUUGGUUCAGGAUUUAAAAAUCCUCCGCACUCUUUUACAGUACCUGUCUCAGUAUGACUGUGUGACGUUCCUGAAUCUGCUAGAGUCAAUGAGAGCCAGUGAAAAAGCAUUUGGGCAAAAUUCAGGGUGGCUGUUUCUUGACUCGAGUACGUCUAUGUUUGUUCAUGCUCGAGGCCGGGUCUAUAGUAUUCCUGAAUCUAAAUCUACCAAAAAAUGUAAAACUGAUGAACCAAAUGAGAAACGGGAUGGGAAGAGAGAGUUGGUUCUAGAAAGCAAUCCUAAGUGGGAAGCUCUGAGUGAGGUUCUGAAAGAGAUUGAAAUGGAGAACAAGACCAGUGAUGCUCUCGGUGGACCAGGCCGUGUAUUGAUUUGUGCCAGCGAUGAUCGUACCUGUGCUCAGCUGAGAGAAUAUAUUGCAGUGGGGGCCGAAGCACUGUUGAUGAGGCUGUACAACAAAACCUUUGGGAAAGAUGAAAAAGCUGCUGAACUGUGGCUGAAGAACCGAAAAACUGUCAAGAAGAAGGAUUCAGGUACAAGUGGGAAAAAUGCUCGUGCAAAGACGACAAAAGAAGGCACAAGUAAUCAGAAAAGAAAUUUAAAGAAGACUGAACUGACUUUAACACAGAUGAUUGGUAAAGCGGAGGAAGAUGAUGUCAAAGAUCAGGAUAGAGAGGAAAGUAUGAGCAUAGAGAGCGGUGUAGAAGAACCGAACUAUGAAGACCUGCAGUUGAAUUUGCCUUCAGACUGUUAUUACGGUGUCUUGAAGGAGCCCCUCACUGUCAUCCAUCCUUUGCAAGGCUGCACUGACCCCUAUGCACUUACCAGGGUACUGCAUGAAGUGGAUCCAAGAUACGUUGUCCUAUAUGAUGCAGAUCUCAGCUUUGUGCGACAGCUUGAGAUAUACAGGGCAAGCAUGCAAAAGACUUUAAGAGUUUAUUUUCUUGUCUAUGGUGGAUCCACAGAAGAGCAGAGAUACCUCACGUCACUCAGGAAGGAAAAAGAAGCAUUUGAGAAGCUGAUUAGGGAGAAGGCCAGCAUGGUAAUCCCUGAGGAAAGAGAAGGAAGAGAUGACACAAACUUGGAUCUUCAGAGAGAUGUUACUCCUGCCUCUAAUGCCACUGAUACCCGUAAAGCUGGAGGCCAGCAGAAGAAGAACAUGCAGCACAACAUCAUUGUGGACAUGAGGGAAUUCCGCAGCGAGUUACCAUCUCUGAUCCACAGACGCGGCAUUGACAUAGAACCUGUCACUCUAGAAGUGGGAGAUUAUAUCCUGACGCCAGACAUAUGUGUAGAGAGAAAAAGUGUGAGUGACCUGAUUGGCUCAUUGAACAAUGGACGUCUCUACACGCAGUGCGUUUCCAUGUGCCGAUACUACAAGCGGCCUAUUCUUCUGAUAGAAUUUGACCCCAACAAGCCAUUCUCUCUCACGUCUCGAAGUUCAAUCCACCAGGAAAUUUCUGUGAAUGACAUCACCUCAAAAAUCACCCUCCUCACUCUGCACUUUCCUAGACUUCGUAUUCUGUGGUGUCCGUCACCUUAUGCCACCGCAGAACUGUUUGAGGAGCUGAAGCAGAACAGGCCACAACCUGAUGCCGCGACCGCCAUGGCUAUUACUGCUGACUCGGAAACCAUUCCAGAAUCUGAGAAAUAUAAUCCAGGCCCUCAGGACUUCCUUCUAAAAAUGCCAGGGGUCAAUGCCAAAAAUUGUCGAGCCAUAAUGAAUCAUGUAAAGAACAUAGCAGAGCUGACAACGCUAUCUCUAGAGAGGUUGUCUGAGAUUCUCGGGAACCCUAACACAGCAAAACAACUUUAUGAAUUCAUUCACACGUCUUACGCCGAGGCAAUUUCCCAGGGGAAAGCGAAACGUUGAUGUAUUCUUAUAGAUUUAUGCAUUUACAGAGAAUAUUUAUUUUUCUUAUAUUUGUAGCUGUUCUUACUUUUCAUCAUCUAACGGCUGAUACAAAUAUUUUAUUCCUAUGUAAAUAAUUAGAUUCUGUCCUAAUUACAGUAUGUAUUAUUUGUAAACUUGCUAAUAUAGAUGCAAAAAUAAUGAUUUUCCCAUUAACAGCACAGUUAAAAGGGUUUUAUUAGAUUUUUGAACUGAUGACCGAUCCUCUGUAUAGUAUUCCAAUCAAAGUUGACGGCAGCAUAUCCAUUAGAAGAUCUUUAUUCAUAAUGGGUCCAUAGAAAAAUGUACAAAAAAGCCAAAGAAAGUGCAAUGUUUUGACUGCUUUAAAAAGACUACUAUGUAGUCGAAAUGUUGCACUUUCUUUGGCUUUUUUUGUACAUUUUUCUAUGGACCCAUUAUGAAUAAAGAUCUUCUAAUGGAUAUGCUGCCGUCAACCUUGAUUGGAAUACUGAUCUAAUGACCACUGUGGAUUUGGGGUCACGGAUGGGCUGAUGCAUUCCUGAGGAAGGCUACAUGGUAUGUUGGUGCUGCUCUCAACUAGUGUUUUUUCUGCUAUUCGAUCUUUUGGAUAGGUCAUUAGUAUAUGAUCAGUGGGGGUCCAGGACCCCCACCAAUCAGAUUUUUGAGAAAGCACUGGUGCUCACAGAUGAGCUGCGAUACCAGUCACGGCCACUAAACAAUGUACGGCUUGUGCUUGGUGAGCAGGGAGAAGGCCGCAUCACUACUGUGAGCGCUAGUGCCGUCUCAAACAGUUGACCCCCACCAAUCAGAUACUGCUGAUCUAUCAGUUAAAAUAUCUCAGAAAAUCCCUUUAACCUAAAGUCUGUAGCGUAGGCUAUGUUCACAUCACUUUUGGAGUAAAAGCUUCUGGCAUGUACGCCAAAGGUAUCGACGUAUACUUUUUUUUUUUUUGCGGUAUGGAAUAGCAAAGUUAGACUAUACUAUUCUAUACAGUAAGGAAAAGCAUGGUAUAUCUUUUUUAUAUACAAAUUAAGUCUAUAUAUGCUUACCUACACAGUGGGAUAUGUUGCAGUCUUCAAAUGGAGGUAUACAUCAGGAGAUCCUCUGGACUUAAUACCUCAAACAGUGGCUGAAGAAGAGAUGUGAACACAGCCUUACAGAAAUGCACUUUCCAAACAAAGAUGCAGAAGACUAGGAAAAAUAGAUUUUAUGCAACUCCACAGUAAAGCUGGCAAUACACAUGAGAUAGUUGUCAGCCUAACACGUGUUCGGGCGACAGCCAUUUCUCCCAAUUCUUUGAUACAUACGUGUCUCAGUGAAGCAUGCAUAUGUAGUGAAUGGGGAGAAGAGCCAGAGAGCCACCGUCAGACAAAUCUGGCAGCGGCUUAUCACCUGAGAACAAAAGGAUCUGGCAGUUACCAUCCAAUGUGCCCAUUCC